GGAGGAAAUCAUAUUCACGUCCGGGUCAGAUUGGGAAAAUGCUGGAAACAAACAGCUGAUCCGGUCUACAUAUUUGAACUGUAAAGACUAAUGAAAUAACGACAUAUUUGAUAAUUAAUAUGGAUUUCUUAAAAGCUGAAAUCGUGAGGAAGAGAAAACUAAUUGAAGACAAAGAUCUUAUUAAUGAUUCAAAAAAAUACUUCAAACGAGCCGAUCUUGCCCGAAAAGAAGAAGAUGAGUAUUUCGAAAGAUGUGGCUACAAGGUUCAGAAAGAGGCACCUGAGAGACAGAUGGAGAAGAAAGAGGAGAAAGCAGAUCCCUCCACCUCGUCCAAUAGCACUUUAGAGUUGGAGCUGACUGAGGAGAAGCUGCCAAUGUCGCUCUCUCGGCAGGAGGUGAUCCGGCGGCUGAGGGAGCGAGGGGAACCGGUGCGUCUGUUUGCAGAGUCAGACUACGAGGCCUUCCAGAGGCUCAGGAAGAUUGAGAUUCUCGCUCCGGAAGUCAACAAGGGUUUGAGGAACGACCUGAAGGCAGCCAUGGAUAAGAUUGAUGCACAGUACCUGAAUGAGAUCGUAGGGGGCACUGGGGAGCCGGGUGAGGUGGACACACAAUUCGACCUAAGAGUACACGAGGCAGACACAACCAUCGAGGAGCUGGAGGCCCUGGGUAAAUCUCUGGGAACGGGAGAUGACAAUGGGGACCAGGAUGUCAUCGACAAAGUCCUUAGGUUCCUGCUGGGAGUCUGGGCGAAGGACCUGAACGGUCGAGAGGACCACGUGAAGCGCAGCGUCCAGGGCAAGCUGGCCAGCGCCACCCAGAAACAGACUGAGUCCUACCUCAAACCUCUAUUCCGGAAACUACGCAAGAAGAGUUUGCCAGCAGACAUCAAAGAAUCAAUCACAGACAUCAUUAAAUUCAUGCUGCAGAGAGAAUAUGUAAAGGCGAACGAUGCAUACCUGCAGAUGGCCAUUGGUAAUGCCCCCUGGCCCAUCGGGGUGACCAUGGUGGGCAUCCACGCCCGUACGGGGCGAGAGAAGAUCUUCUCCAAACACGUGGCCCACGUCCUCAACGACGAGACCCAGAGAAAAUACAUCCAGGGACUAAAAAGGUUGAUGACUAUCUGCCAGAAACACUUCUCCACAGACCCCUCAAAGUGCGUGGAGUACAAUGCCCUGUAGUACACUGACUGUCUACACCUGUGGUUACCAAGCCUUGUCUUAGAGUCCUGGGGUGCGCAGGCUUUUGUUCCAACCUCGUGCUACAGCACCUAAUUCAAUUGACUAUGGUCUUAGUGUUCAUAAAAUACGUUGAAUCAGGUGCGCUAGUGUUGGGUUGGAAGGAAAGCAUACCUGUAUACUUUGUAGUCUUACAGGAUCAGGAUUGGUAUCCACUGGUUGGUUACACGUCUGUGGAAAUCACAAUAGUUGAGGAAGUCUCUGUACUUCUGUCUACAUACCUGUCAAUGGAGAUCCAGCUGUUCAUGUAUAUUUGGAAGCUCAAUUUUUGCCACUGUUUACCGUUUUGGCUUUUUUUUUUUUUUUGGGGUGUACAGGUUACUCAAAUGAACGAUUUAAAUAUCCCUUCUAAGAUUAGUCUUUCUCCAGUGUGCUAGUUCUAUAUCUUUGUAAGAAUAGCCAUGAUGUGUAAGUUUUAUUAUGCAAAGCUUUGAAAAAAGAAGCUUUAAAUUCAAGAAUGAGAAAACAGCAGUUGAAACCUGUCAAAGUAUACAUCUCUGUGAAUGGUAAACUGUUCUUAUUAAUGCAAUACAUAUUUCUAAAUUCA